GGAAAAGGUUAGCCGGUGGUGGUGCACACGCCUGUCCUCCCACUCAGAAGGCUGAACAUAGAGGAUCGCUUGAGCCCAGGAAUUGGAGGUUGCACUUAGCUAUGAUGCCACUUCACUCAAGCCUAGCGUGGCCAUCGCCGUCUGCAGCGUCUCCCUGAUGGGGAGGUCCGCGCAGCUUUCCGUCCCGGCUUGGGGCAGGUGUCAUCCAGAGUCCGCAGUUCACCGUCCGGGAUAGGGCCAGGGGCCACCUGGAGUCCGUGGGCCAACAUCCCACCCAUCAGUCCCGUCGGCAAAGACCAGCCGCGAAGGUGCUCGGCUUUAAGGUGCAGAAACCCAGUACCGCAAACCGCCUGCCCCAGCGACCAGAGUCCGUAAGUCCCAGGCCCGAACGGCGUGUAUGGUGUUGUGCGCACGCGCGUCCGACAGGGUGGGCCGGCGAGCAGGACGCAGUGCGCAGGCGCAUCUGAAGGGGCAGGCCUGCUCCCCAAGAGUACGCCUCGGAACGCCUGGCGUUAUGGCGCAGCCUCUUCAGGGUGUCGGGCGGCUCAACUUUGGCGCCUGACGGUCGCGGCGGCGAACACCUACCCCUCAGGCUGGGGACGCCCACCCUUCAGCACCGGACCGGGCGAGUACGGGGCUGGUUCCGCAGGGACCCGAGGCUGCGGCGCGUCGGCGAGGGCCGGGCGCAAAGGUGGCGCCAUCGCGCGACUGUCUGGAGCGAGCGUGACGUCAGGCGCACGGACGCCGAUUGGUCGCGGCAUGUGGCGCGGGCGGAUGCUGGUACGGGCCAUUGGACACACGGCCUGUGGGCGGGGCCGGCGGGUGGUUGGUGCAGAGAAGGCGCGCGCGCCCAGACGGGCUGGCGACUUGGUCCGGAGGCCGCUCAGUAGUGUUCUAGGUCAAAUAAGACAUUUUUUAACAAUGCCUGAGAUAAAUACCAACCAUCUGGAUGAGCAACAAGUUCAACUCUUGGCAGAGAUGUGUAUACUUAUUGAUGAAAAUGACAAUAAAAUUGGGGCUGAGACUAAGAAGAAUUGUCACCUGAAUGAAAACAUUGAGAAAGGAUUAUUGCAUCGGGCUUUUAGUGUCUUCUUAUUCAACACUGAAAAUAAGCUGCUGCUACAGCAGAGGUCGGAGGCUAAAAUUACCUUUCCAGAUUGUUUUACCAACACAUGUUGCAGUCAUCCAUUAAAUAAUCCAGGCGAGCUUGAGGAGAGCAAUGCCCUUGGAGUGCGACGGGCAGCACAGAGGCGCCUACAUGCGGAAUUGGGAAUUCCUUUGCAAGAAGUGCCUCCAGAAGACAUUAAUUAUUUGACACGAAUUCACUACAAGGCCCAGUCUGAUGGUAUCUGGGGUGAGCAUGAGAUUGACUACAUUCUGUUUGUGAGGAAGAACGUGACUCUGAAUCCAGAUCCCAAUGAGGUUAAAAGCUACUGCUACGUGUCCAAGGCAGAACUGGAAGAUCUUCUGAAAAAAGCAGCCAGUGGGGAAGUUAAGAUUACACCGUGGUUUAAAAUUAUUGUAGAGACUUUUCUCUUUAAAUGGUGGGAUAACUUAAAUCAUUUGAGCCAGUUUGUUGACCAUGAGAAAAUACAUAGAAUGUGAAUGUGGAGAUGAAUGAUUACUGCAGGAUUUCUCUGUUUGGUAAACUUAGAAUUACUUUUUUAUAAAAUUUGGUUCCCCGUUAAGAAAACUCUCAUAUGAUACAUUGGCAAUUUACAACUUGUGUUGAAAACACAACUAAUAAUAAAUUAGUUAACUAAUAAAUAAAUUACCUUCAUAAACUUAAGGUAAUUUACAACUUGUGUACAAAACACAACUAACCAUUUUGUAUCACACACCCCAUAUAUGUGAUGAGAAGUUACUGUGAAAUGAAAGAGAACAAAUAAAACACAAUUUAACCUGUCCAGACAUACGGUUAUAACAAAUCUGAACUAACAGGGACACUUUUGUUUUUGAUAUGUUAUGGAAAAUGUUUUUGGAUCACUUUUUGUCUGCCAGGAGCAAUCCUUGCUUUUGCAAUGGUACAGGUUAGGUUAGGUCUUCUUUUAAAUAGUAUUUGCCAGCCGGGCACAUUCUGUUUGUGAGGAAGAAUGUGACUCACAUUCUUCAAGCCUAUAAUCCCAGUAUUCUGGGAGGCCAAGGUGGGAGGAUUGCUUGAGCUCAGGAGUAGGGGAACAGCCUGAGCAAGAACAAGACCCUGUCUCUAAAAAUAGCAUGGUGUUGUGGCUGGCGCCUGUAGUCUCAAGAUCCUCCUGAGGCUGAGGCAAGAGGAUCACUCGAGCCCAAGAGUUUGAGGUUGCUGUGAGCUGUGUUGCCAUAGCACUCUACCAAGGGCAACAAAGUCAGACUCUUGUUUUUUUUUUGAAAAAAUAAUAAUAAUAAUAAAGACAAUAAAUGUUAUUUGCCAAUUAGCAAAAUCUGUGUUCUCAGAAUUAGGGGCCACAGAGGGCUGUACACAGGUGGGAAAUGUGUCCUGUACACAGGGUUCCUACCCCGGGCUCAGCGUCCAUUUGGGCUGAAAAACUUUCUCUUAGGACCAGCCUGUGCACUGAGGGGUAGUUGGCUCUACACCCUGAAUGCCACUGUACCCCUCUUCCUAUGACAGCCAGUUGGAACUGGUUGUCCCUGGGGCCACUCUACUGAGUCACGCUCAGCUAAGAACCACUAUUCUGCAAAGUCAGGCCAUGUUGCAGGGACAGAAAAAGAACAAAGCAAAAGGCUGAGUUCAUACUAAAUAGUUCAAGUUUGGAAUAUGUGUAUGUUAGUAUAAAAAAAUUGUACCUCAGUUAAUAUACUUUUAUAAAUUGUCGCAGGUAUAUUUCACAAGUUUGAACCCUUAAGACUGUUUUCUUAUCCUUAAAUGCUGUAUAAUAGUAAUGAAAAAUAAAAUACAAAAUUGUUUUCUUACAAAGCAAAA